UGACAUGUGUUUUUCCUCUGUAGGUACACAAUGUCCAGUACUGAGUCUGAGGUUAGCGUUGCAGGUUCGGUGGUGUCGGACCCUCAACACUCUCAGAAACUUCUCAAGGCCCUUCGCUCCUUUUGGCAAGAACAAUGCUUCCAAGACGCAGUGUUAGUUCUGGAUGGGGAAAAGAUUCCAGUCCAGAAAAACAUUUUGGCUGCGGCUAGUCCAUACAUCAGGUAAUCAGUUAUGUCUUGCUUUACCUUUGUCGCAAGCAGAACUGUUGCAAUGGAUGCCAUGGUUAUUAUAACGUUUUGAUAAGGCUGGGGAUGUGACAUUGUUUCCAGCUGUCGACAGGGUGUCUCCCGCAGUGUCCCACUCGAUGCUGGUAGACUGUCAGUGAUUUUUCCUGUCAUGCUGAUCAAAUGUUAUUGGUCGCGUACACAUUUUGCAGACGUUACCGCGGGUGUAGCGUAAUGCUUAUGUUCCUAGCUCCAACAGUGCAGUAAUACCUAACAAUACACUCAACCGUAUUCUGACAUUCCAUAGAACAAAACUGAACUACAACCCUCCAAAGGAAGAUGGAUCCAUGUACACCAUUGAGCUCCAGGGAAUCUCUGUCACUAUCAUGAAGCAGAUCCUGGACUACAUCUUUAGUGGGGAGGUGAGUAGUGUGCAAAGCUGUAAGUGGGCCUAGAAUAAAGUGAACACAAGUGGGAUUAUUUUACUGGUUUUUAAAUUGCCUAUAACAAUAUUGUCCUGUACUUCCUAACUCUUCUGAGAGAAUCCAUAUUCCUAUGUGUAGCUUACAGUUUUGGAAUCUUAUGUUACCUACUAGAACAACCCUGAUCUUACACUCCUCCUUCCAUCCUGCUCCUUGUUAUCUGUGUGUAGAUCAGUCUGAGUGAGGACACCAUUCAGGACAUGGUCCAGGCUGCUGACUUGCUGCUCCUGACAGACUUGAAGUCCCUGUGCUGCCAGUUCCUGGAGAGCUGCAUUGCUGCAGAGAACUGCAUUGGGAUCCGGCUCUUCUCUCUACAUUACUGUCUGCACCAUGUUCACCAUGUUGCCACAGACUUCCUCCAGACACAUUUCCGUGAUGUGGCUGCCACGGACGAGUUCAGGGAGUUACCCCCAGACCAUCUGUGUGAGAUCCUGUCCAUGGAGAAGCUCAACGUGGGCAAUGAAAAGCAUGUUCUGGAGGCUGUGGUGCGCUGGCUCGGUCAUGACCUGGAGGAACGGAGGGUGAGGGCCUUGUUUUACUACUAGGGGUGUGGUGGUUCUGCCCUUGUUUCUGUCUGCCAGAAAACAGCCUCUGUAGUAUUCGAUGUAUGCCUGAAGCAUGGCUACAAAAGUACAAUUACAACAACUAUUAUGGUCAGAGACUACUACAUAAUUUGAAGGACUGUGUUUUUUGCACACUAUUUGCCUAUGCAUUACUAUUGGCCUCUCAGCUCAUCCCCUGAGUAACAUAUUCCUGAUUCCCCCCCCCCCCCCCCCCCAGGUGCACAUGAAAGAGGUGAUGUCAUCAGUGUGGAUCCAGGGGCUGGACCAAGGUUACCUGAGGGAGCAGGUGUUGGGAGAGCCCUUGAUGAGGGAGGUGAUCAGGGAGUACUGCAACGCUCCACUGGGGGGUGCUGCACUGCAGGGCGAGGCUCUUCUCGCCGCCUUCAAACCUCGUGGCUACUCGGAGUGCAUUGUCACUGUAGGGGGGGAGGAGAGAGGGUGAGUAUCUGCUGUCUCUUACUCUGGGAGGAUGUCCAGACAUAAGAUGUCUACAUGCUGUUGAAUGUGUAUAUGAAUCAUACAAUGUGGCCGUAACACUUUGAUUCUCAUUUUGCAGAUUGCUGUGGUUUUGUGCACAUAUGCUUGAUAGACAAACAGUUUGCAAUGGAAAUUCUUGCAAAACAUUCAGAUGACUGAAAGUUAUGACAAGCAAGAUUUAAUGUAUUAAGGGCAGGAAGGGUUCAAACUGAGAAUAGAGUGUGGUUGAUAUACUGAGAGAACACAGAGAGAUUGAGGAGACGUAAAACAAGUCAGUAAAGUUGGUAUUUUAUGGUCACACAGUGCGAGGAUGAGGUUAGAGGGAGCCAGUGUGUCAGAGAUAAAACCAACAGGAUAGAACUGACUUCCUGUUCCCUGGUUCCUGUUCAGAACGAGGAAGCCGUCAGCCAUGGCACGCUGCAUGUGUCCACUCUAUGAACCAAACCGUCAGCUGUGGAUCGAGCUGGAACCAAUGAGCAUUGGCCGAAUAGGGCAUGGAGUGCUGGCUGCAGGUUGGUAGUGAAUCCAUACCUAGUUUUAUUGUUACAUACGUAUACACAGUGCAGCCUUCAUGGCAGCUAAUAAUUAGUUGAUGGAUCCAACAAUUCUCAUGUAAGUCAAACCCAACCCAGUCUAAGUGAUCAACCAUGAAUUAACACCAUUCUUUAUCCUCUCAGAGGGCUAUCUCUUUGUGAUGGGUGGAAUGGAUAAAACCAAGAUGGUCCUGAGCAGUGGGGAGAAAUAUGACCCAGACACAAACACCUGGACCCCCAUUCCUUCCAUGAAACAGGUAUUCUAUUUAAGUGAUAAUGCCCACAGGUGCCAAUAUAUCCUCCAAACACCGGCUUCGAGGGCAUUAUCACUUUUAUACAACGGGUUUCCAACAUAUUCAUAUAAUGAUUGACAUAUUUUCAUUAAAUAUUUUAUUUUGAUGGAUUUAUUCAUACUAUUUCAUCCUUCCACAAGAUAUAGUUCCGACACAAAUAUAAGGUUGCUACCCAAACUGGCUGGUCGUUCUUUCUAUCGGUUCGGUUGCCAGAGACGCGACCCAGUCAUUAAGUCUUCUUGUUAUGUAUCUAUGGACGUGACCCAGUCGUUCGUUCUAAAUGUUCCAUUGCCAUCCUGGCUGGCAAUGUUCUUAUCCCUUGCUUGCUAGCUAACAAACUACGGCUAACUUACAGUCACGUCAAACAUUGUAGCCAGAAUAACAACAGUAGCUUCAUUUGCAUUUGUUUAAGCUGUUUUCUAGUGACAUUUAUUUGGAUACAUCCAUAACAAUGAGCUAAUGAGGUGCGAUUUCGCAUGGCAUAGAAAAUGUGCUCUCUCGUCAGGACACUGUUGUUCAGAGGAGCUAUCCAACAACACAGCUAACACAAUCACUUCAAAAUGAAGCUAGAAAGACUGCAAACUAGCUGCACUUUGUUUAGUUUUACCUUUUUUCAAUUGACCUUUUUUUGUAUAUAUCCAUAAAAAUGAUGCCAGCUGAUUCAUGAUUUCGACUGGCUGAGAAACGCUGCCUGUCUGUCUCGUCACUUUCAUUACUAUGGGACAGCUGGAGAUCGAAUUUGAAUAUUGAAAAAAUGUUGCAAAUGUCAGAGAUACAGACAGCAAAGUUUAUACACAUUUCCGCUGUUGAAAACGGAAUGUUAGUCUAAAGGAAAUGUGAGAUAAUGUCUAGAUGCUUUUUAUAGUUGCGAUCAAGGUUAUAAAUUGCCUGGCUGGGCUGAUGAGACAGUGGAUUGCGCAGUCAGAUGAAACAUAGUAAAUUGGCAUUUUAACGCCAUAGAUUUAGCCGGUGAUAACUUGUGGAAUUGACACCGGCUGGAAUGCAUUUUUAACCAAUCAGUAUUCAGGAUUAGACCCACCUGUUGUAUAAUACUCCACACAAUAUAUCCUUCCAACCUGUCAGUAGCAACAUUCAACCCACUUGUUUCAUAGACAUUUCACGUGGUGUCAUUUUGAAGUUCUUACUUCAAUUGGUUAUAUAGACCAAAUAAAUGUCUCCCACUGAACCAAGUGAUUAUUGUGGUAUGGUACAUACAUGACACUUUUUCAUUUAAUCUAUCAAAUGUUCCAUGUUUUGUUUUUACUUGUAUAGGCUACUCACUGGUAGCCAUGUUUUGUUAUGUUGUUAUCUAUUCUUCUAAAGUGUUAUAGUUUUGAGGAAUGCCACCAGGGGUCAGUAUUGCCCAGUAUUAUUAAAGGCUUCUGCUCUUUGUUUGGUCAGGCGCGGCAGAACUUUGGUGUUGCAGAGCUAGAUGGGAUGAUCUAUGUGUUGGGAGGAGAGGAUGAGGACAUAGAGCUCCUGACUGUGGAGGUGUUCGACCCUCACUUUAACACCUGGACCACACAAACCAGCAUGACCAUGGUCCGCAAGGUGAGACAUGAGCACUUCCGGCUUGCUACUGCCUACUGAAAUGUAUAAUAAACACAUUCACAAAUCGCAACCUCUCCAAAUCUCCCACCACUUGCCCAACGAUCUCUCCUCUCCUCAGAUUGGCUGCUAUGCUACCAUGAAAAAGAAGAUAUAUGCCAUGGGUGGUGGGUCAUAUGGAAAGCUGUACGACUCAGUAGAAUGCUAUGACCCAAAGACCCAGCAGUGGACUGCAAUCUGCCCUUUGAAAGAGAGAAGGUACAGAAUCAACUCAGUAGUUAGAAUAAAAAAAUACAAUAAAAAAAAAUAUACACUACCGGUCAAAAGUUUUAGAACACCUACUCAUUCAAGGGUUUUUCUUUAUUUUUUACUAUUUUCUACAUUGUAGAAUAAUAAUGAAGACAUCAAAACUAUGAAAUAACAUAUAUGGAAUCAUGUAGUAACCAAAAAAGUGUUAAACAAAUCAAAAUAUAUAUUUUAUAUUUGAGAUUCUUCAAAUAGCCACCCUUUGCCUUGAUGACAGCUUUGCACACUCUUGGCAUUCUCUCAACCAGCUUCAUGAGGUAGUCACCUGAAAUGCAUUUCAAUUAACAGGUGUGCCUUCUUAAAAGUUAAUUUGUGGAAUUUCUUUCCUUAAUGCGUUUGAGCCAAUCAGUUGUGUUGUGACAAGGUAGGGGGGGGGGGGGGGGGUAUACAGAAGAUAGCCCUAUUUGGUAAAAGACCAAGUCUAUAUUAUGGCAAGAACAGCUCAAAUAAGCAAAGAGAAACAACAGUCCAUCAUUACUUUAAGACAUGAAGGUCAGUCAAUACGGAACAAUUCAAGAACUUUGAAAGUUUCUUCAAGUGCAGUCGCAAAAACCAUCAAGCGCUAUGAUGAAAUUGGCUCUCAUGAGGACCGCCACAGGAAUGGAAGACCCAGAGUUACCUCUGCUGCAGAGGAUGAGUUCAUUAGUGUUACAAGCCUUAGAAAUUGCAGCCCAAAUAAAUGCUUCAGAGAGUUAAAGUAACAGACACAUCUCAACAGCAACUGUUCAGAGGAGACUGUGUGAAUCAGGCCUUCAUGGUCGAAUUGCUGCAAAGAAACCACUACUAAAUGACACCAAUAAGAAGAAGAGACUUGCUUGGGCCAAGAAACACGAGCAAUGGACAUUAGACCGGUGAAAAUGUGUCCUUUGGUCUGAUGAGUCCAAAUUUGAUAUUUUUGGUUCAAACCACUGUCUUUGUGAGACGCGGUGUGGGUGAACGGAUGAUCUUUGCAUGUGUAUUUCCCACCAUAAAGCAUGGAGGAGGAGGUGUUAUGGUGUGGGGGUGCUUUGCUGGUGACACUGUCUGAUUUAUUUAACCAGCAUGGCUACCACAGCAUUCUGCAGUGAUACGCCAUCCCAUCUGGUUUGGGCUUAGUGGGACUAUCAUUUGUUUUUCAACAGGACAAUGACGCAACACACCUCCAGGUUGUGUAAGGGCUAUUUUACCAAGAAGGAGAGUGGUGGAGUGCUGCAUCAGAUGACCUGGCCUCCACAAUCCCCGGACCUCAACCAAAUUGAGAUGGUUUGGGAUGAGUCUGACCGCAAAGUGAAGGAAAAGCAGCCAACAAGUGCUCAGCAUAUGUGGGAACUCCUUCAAGACUGUUGGAAAAGCAUUCCAGGUGAAGCUGGUUGAGAGAAUGCCAAGAGUGUGCAAAGCUGUCAUCAAAACAAAGGGUGGCUAUUUAAAGAAUCUCAAAUAUAAAAUAUAUUUUGAUAUAACACUUUUUUGGUUACUACAUGAUUCCAUAUGUGUUAUUUCAUAGUUUAUGUCUUCACUAUUAUUCUACAAUGUUUAAAAUAGUAAAAAUAAAGAAAUGAGUAGGUGUGUCCAAACUUUUGACUGGUACUGUAUGUAUGUGUAUAUACAGUGGGGAGAACAAGUAUUUGAAACACUGCCGAUUUUGCAGGUUUUCCUACUUACGAAGCAUGUAGAGGUCUGUAAUUUUUAUCAUAGGUACACUUCAACUGUGAGAGAUGGAAUCUAAAACAAAAAUCCAGAAAAUCACAUUGUAUGAUUUUUAAGUAAUUAAUUUGCAUUUUAUUGCAUGACAUAAGUAUUUAAUACAUCAGAAAAGCAGAACUUAAUAUUUGGUACAGAAAACUUUGUUUGCAAUUACAGAGAUCAUACGUUUCCUGUAGGUCUUGACCAGGUUUGCACACACUGCAGCAGGGAUUUUGUCCCACUCCUCCAUACAGACCUUCUCCAGAUCCUUCAGGUUUCGGGGCUGUCGCUGGGCAAUACGGACUUUCAGCUCCCUCCAAAGAUGUUCUAUUGGGUUCAGGUCUGGAGACUGGCUAGGCCACUCCAGGACCUUGAGAUGCUUCUUACGGAGCCACUCCUUAGUUGCCCUGGCUGUGUGUUUCGGGUCGUUGUCAUGCUGGAAGACCAGCCACGACCCAUCUUCAAUGCUCUUACUGAGGGAAGGAGGUUGUUGGCCAAGAUCUCGCGAUACAUGGCCCCUUCCAUCCUCCCCUCAAUACGGUGCAGUCGUCCUGUCCCCUUUGCAGAAAAGCAUCCCCAAAGAAUGAUUUUUCCACCUCCAUUCUUCACGGUUGGGAUGGUGUUCUUGGGGUUGUACUCAUCCUUCUUCUUCCUCCAAACACGGCGAGUGGAGUUUAGACCAAAAAGCUAUAUUUUUGUCUCAUCAGACCACAUUACUUUCUCCCAUUCCUCCUCUGGAUCAUCCAGAUGGUCAUUGGCAAACUUCAGACGGGACAUGCGCUGGUUUGAGCAGGGGGACCUUGCGUGCGCUGCAGGAUUUUAAUCCAUGACGGCGUAGUGUGUUACUAAUGGUUUUCUUUGAGACUGUGGUCCCAGCUCUCUUCAGGUCAUUGACCAGGUCCUGCCGUGUAGUUCUGGGCUGAUCCCUCACCUUCCUCAUGAUCAUUGAUGCCCCACGAGGUGAGAUCUUGCAUGGAGCACCAGACCGAGAGUGAUUGAUCGUCAUCUUGAACUUCUUCCAUUUUCUAAUAAUUGCGCCGACAGUUGUUUCCUUCUCACCGAGCUGAUUGCCUAUUGUCCUGUAGCCCAGCCCAUCCCAGCCUUGUGCAGGUCUACAAUUUUAACCCUGAUGUCCUUACACAGCUCUCUGGUCUUGGCCAUUGUGGAGAGGUUGGAGUCUGUUUGAUUGAGUGUGUGGACAGGUGUCUUUUAUACAGGUAACGACUUCAAACAGGUGCAGUUAAUACAGGUAAUGAGUGGAGAACAGGAGGGCUUCUUAAAGAAAAACUUAACAGGUCUGUGAGAGCUGGAAUUCUUACUAGUUGGUAGGUGAUCAAAUACUUAUGUCAUGCAAUAAAAUGCAAAUUAAUUACUUAAAAAUCAUACAAUGUGAUUUUCUGGAUUUUUGUUUUUUAGAUUCUGUCUCUCACAGUUGAAGUGUACCUAUGAUAAAAAUUACAGACCUCUACAUGCUUUGUAAGUAGGAAAACCUGCAAAAUUGGCAGUGUAUCAAAUACUUGUUCUCCCCACUGUAUACAGUGAGGGAAAAAAGUAUUUGAUCCCCUGCUGAUUUUGUACGUUUGCCCACUGACAAAGAAAUGAUCAGUCUAUAAUGUUAAUGGUAGGUUUAUUUGAACAGUGAGAGACAGAAUAACAACAAGAAAAUCCAGAAAAACGCAUGUCAAAAAUGUUAUAAAUUGAUUUGCAUUUUAAUGAGGGAAAUAACUAUUUGACCCCCUCUCAAUCAGAAAGAUUUCUGGCUCCCAGGUGUCUUUUAUACAGGUAACGAGCUGAGAUUAGGAGCACACUCUUAAAGGGAAUGCUCCUAAUCUCAGUUUGUUACCUGUAUAAAAGAGACCUGUCCACAGAAGCAAUCAAUCAAUCAGAUUCCAAACUCUCCACCAUGGCCAAGACCAAAGAGCUCUCCAAGGAUGUCAGGGACAAGAUUGUAGACCUACACAAGGCUGGAAUGGGCUACAAGACCAUCGCCAAGCAGCUUAGUGAGAAGGUGACAACAGUUGGUGCGAUUAUUCGCAAAUGAAAGAAACACAAAAGACUGUCAAUCUCCCUCGGCCUAGGGCUCCAUGCAAGAUCUCACCUCGUGGAGUUGCAAUGAUCAUGAGAACGGAGAGGAAUCAGCCCAGAACUACACGGGAGGAUCUUGUCAAUGAUCUCAAGGCAGCUGGGACCAUAGUCACCAAGAAAACAAUUGGUAACACACUACGCCGUGAAGGACGGAAAUCCUGCAGCGCCCGUAAGGUCCCCCUGCUCAAGAAAGCACAUAUACAGGCCCGUCUGAAGUUUGCCAAUGAACAUCUGAAUGAUUCAGAGGAGAACUGGGUGAAAGUGUUGUGGUCAGAUGAGACCAAAAUGGAGCUCUUUGGCAUCAACUCAACUCGCCGUGUUUGGAGGAGGAGGAAUGCUGCCUAUGACCCCAAGAACACCAUCCCCACCGUCAAACAUGGAGAUGGAAACAUUAUGCUUUGGGGGUGUUUUUCUGCUAAGGGGACAGGACAACUUCACCGCAUCAAAGGGACGAUGGACGGGGCCAUGUGUACCGUCAAAUCUUGGGUGAGAACCUCCUUCCCUCAGCCAGGGCAUUGAAAAUGGGUCGUGGAUGGGUAUUCCAGCAUGACAAUGACCCAGAACACACGGCCAAGGCAACAAAGGAGUGUCUCAAGAAGAAGCACAUUAAGGUCCUGGAGUGGCCUAGCCAGUCUCCAGACCUUAAUCCCAUAGAAAAUCUGUGGAGGGAGCUGAAGGUUCGAGUUGCCAAACGUCAGGCUCGAAACCUUAAUGACUUGGAGAAGAUCUGCAAAGAGGAGUGGGACAAAAUCCCUCCUGAGAUGUGUGCAAACCUGGUGGCCAACUACAAGAAACGUCUGACCUCUGUGAUUGCCAACAAGGGUUUUGCAACCAAGUACUAAGUCAUGUUUUGCAGAGGGGUCAAAUACUUAUUUCCCUCAUUAAAAUGCAAAUAAAUUCAUAAAAUUUUUGACAUGCGUUUUUCUUGAUUUUGUUGUUGUUAUUCUGUCUCUCACUGUUCAAAUAAACCUACUAUUAAAAUUAUAGACUGAUCAUGUCUUUGUCAGUGGGCAAACGUACAAAAUCAGCAGGGGAUCAAAUACUUUUUUCCCUCACUGUAUGUGUGUGUGUAUGUAUGUGUAUGUAUAUAUAUAUAUAUAUAUAUAUAUAUAUAUAUAUAUAUAUAUAUAUAUAUAUAUAUAUAUAUAUAUAUAUAUAUAUAUAUAUAUAUAUAUAUACAUACAAUUAAUUACCUGUCAGGUUUUAAUACAAUACAGGUCAGAAUAGAAUGUUAUUGUCCACAUUUAGAUGGAAAAUAGCUUUUGGCUUUACCUCUCAAGUAACACAUUUAUACAUAUUAAUAACUGAACAAUUGCAUGCACUUAUUAUACUGACUAUAUAUUAUAUUACAUUACGUAACUGCAUUCUGUCUGUAUUGUGUUUCCACACAAGCAGAAGAGAAUAAGGUCAGCAGCAUAGCUGCAUCCCCAGAUGAACUGGUAUUUUUCAUACAAUUUUGACUUUUCAUCCCUUCAAAGACCACAGAAGAUUUGUGACAAAGUCCCUGUGAUGGAUUUGUUUAGUGUUGGUGUUAUUGAUGUUAUGUUCUCGAUGAGUGACCCCUGACCUGAUGUUACGGUGUGGAUGUCUCUGCCUGCAGGUUUGGCUCAGUAGCAUGUGGUGUGGGUCAGGAACUCUAUGUGUUUGGAGGCGUGAGGAGCCGUGACUCAGACAACCCAGAAUCCAGCACCAUGACCACCUGCAAGUCUGAGUUUUUCCAUGAUGAGAUGAAAAGGUCAAUAAUAGCGCUUGUUACUUUGAUCAAAUACUUCCUUGUUUGAAUUUGGUGUUGGACUGGGUGUAUCCUUGUUACCUAAAGACAUAGAGACCUUUAUAUAUGUUUACUGUAUUUGUAGUUUAUCAAAAAUCUUUCAAGUGGUGUUUAUUUUCCCAACCACGCUCUGUCCAGAUGGAUGUACCUGGAUGACCAGAAUCUCUGUGUUCAGACCAGUUCCUCUUUUGUGUAUGGAGCUGUCCCCAUUGGUGCCAGCAUCUAUGUGGUGGGGGACUUAGACACUGGUGAGUUAAAGGCAGACUCCUGAAGUAAAUUACCACAACUUGGCAAGCAUUGGCAAAUACAACUUACUGUAUGUGUGCACUGUGUAAUGUAUACAUCGAUCGCUAAAGGUCUGUGUGUGUCUGCACAGGUACAACCUAUGACUAUGUGAGGGAAUUCCGUCGCAGCUCGGGGACGUGGCACCGCACCAAGCCCAUGCUGACAUCUGAUCUGUGCAAGACUGGCUGUGCAGCCCUGCGCAUCGCUAACUGCAAACUGUUCCGUCUGCAGCUGAAGCAGGGCCUGUUUAGACUCAGGGUCCCAUCCUCCUAGAUGGAGCUCCUUUAGGUGCUCUGUCUCCACACCCACACGUUGGCUAUGGGCACAGCAAUGGAACAUGAAAAUGGAGGUUGAAGAAGGGAUGUCCAAAGGGGACAUUUGGAGUAUUUAUCUGCAUAUUUUGGUGGCUUUCUUAGGCUCCAUCAGGGUAUUAUUCUAUGUGUGGGCACUUGCUUGAAGAGGGAUGGCUUUUUAAACAUGGCCUUAUUUCAUUGCAAUUUAACAAUGGGUAUGAUUUGUAAAUAAGUUUUACUGACACUCCCCAUUUGCUUUUUGUUUAUUACGUUCUUGCUGCUGCUUGGUGGGUUUUAGAGAAUUUAACAGACAUUUUAAGGGGAGAAAAGCAAGAAUGCAGUAGUACUGUCGUUCAUUGUAGAAUAGGCUGUAAUUUGUAAGGAAAAUCUAGACCCAUGUCUAACACUGCAUUUUUUAUUUUUUUUAAGAGUCACUGAAUGACAACUAGAGAUACACAAAUAGACAAAUGCCAUUUUCGUUGUUACUUUAUAGUAGCUAAGGGACUCGUGGCCUAUGACUAGACCUGGGAGAUAUGGACAAAAAUCCAUAAAUUGUGACAAUUGUCACGAUAACGAUACAUUGAACGAUAAAUGUAUAACAUUAAUGUGCAUCAGUUACUUUUUACAUUAUCCUUAACUACUACUACUUUGAAUGUUGUACCUAUCAAUU